CUUAGCGACGCAGAGACACAGCACAGGGUGUCCGUCUCCUACCAGCUCUGACCUCUCCAUUUGACCGUUGUUUCUGGUCUCCUCUUUUCUCCUCCCUUUCUUGCGUACGUAGUUAUGCUUACGGAUGGAUCUCUCUUAUUAUCUUCCUCCCCUUCCUGUUCCUAACUAAGUAUGAUGAAUUUGCUAUACUAGCUGAUUGCAGACAUAUCUUAUUGUCUGUUUGUUGCUUGCUGGAUCUUCUCCUAUUCAUUUCUGGCUCGCCUGCUCUCUGGACUCUGCUCAUAAUUUACUAAAAAAAAACAAAAAAAAAAAGGUUUCCCGAUCGAUGAGGAAGGAGGGCCCACCGUCGUCGUUGAGCUUCUGCGAAACGAAGCCCCUCCUCCUCACAUUGCUGGCUUUGACGCUGGUGAUGCUCAUGUGGAAUCUCCCUCCUUACUACCAGAACCUCCUCUCCACCACCACCAACCUCUCCUGCUCCGCCACCUCCGUUAACGCCUCUACUCCUCCUCUCUCCUCCGCCGCCGCCGCCCAGUCUCAGAAGCUCUCCACCACUACCCCUCCAUCUCAAACUCAAUCUUAUACUAAACCCACCGACCCAAACAAGCGAACAUUCCAGGCCUAUGGCAACGCCGCCGCUCUCUUCGUCCAAAUGGGGGCCUACCGCGGCGGCCCAAACUCCUUCGCCGUAGUGGGCCUCGCCUCCAAGCCCACCCACGUCUACGGCCGCCCCUGGUACAAAUGCGAGUGGAUCUCCUCCGACGGCUCCUCCUCCUUCCGCACUUUAGCCUACAAGAUGCUUCCCGAUUGGGGCUACGGCCGCGUCUACACCGUCGUCGUCGUCAACUGCACUUUCCCAACCAACCCAAACUCCGACAACUCCGGCGGAAAGCUCGUCCUCAAGGCCUACUACGGCGAGUCUCAACGCAAGUUCGAGAAGUUCACCGCCCUCGAGGAAGCCCCCGGAGCUUACAAUGCCUCCAAAUACACUCCUCCCUACGACUACGACUACCUCUACUGUGGGUCCUCUUUGUAUGGAAAUCUCAGCGCCGCCAGGAUCCGGGAGUGGAUGGCGUACCACGCGUGGUUCUUCGGGCCUCGAUCGCACUUCGUCUUCCACGACGCCGGCGGAGUGUCGGCGGAGGUGAGGGCGGCACUUGAUCCGUGGGUUAGAUUGGGGCGGGCCACGGUGCAGGACAUAAGGGACCAGGCGGAGUUUGAUGGGUAUUAUCACAACCAGUUCUUGGUGGUCAAUGAUUGUUUGCACCGUUAUAGGUUUGCUGCGAAUUGGACGUUUUACUUUGAUGUCGAUGAAUACAUUUAUUUGCCGGAUGGGAAUGGUCUUGAAUCUGUUCUGAGCGAGUUGUCGGAUUAUACUCAGUUUACCAUUGAGCAGAAUCCUAUGUCUAGUUCACUCUGUCUCAACGUUUCCACCCACAAUUAUUCCAGGGAAUGGGGGUUCGAGAAACUGUUAUUCAGGGAGUCAAGAACCGGAAUCAGGAGGGACAGGAAAUACGCAAUACAGGCAAAGAAUGCGUAUGCGACGGGGGUGCACAUGUCGGAGAAUGUGAUAGGCAAAACGCAGCACAAUACAGAGACCAAAAUCCGAUACUAUCACUACCACAACUCAAUUUCGGUGAUGGGAGAGCCGUGCAGGGAGUGGCUGGCAUUGACGGCCAAGGACAACGUGACCUGGCACAAUAAGCUGCCUUAUGUGUAUGACGACAACAUGAAGAAGUUGGCCAAAACCAUCAAGCAAUUCGAGCGCGAUUCCAUUGGGACUCUGCUAGAUCCGCGCUUCUCCUGAUCACACACAAAUAUAUAUAUGAUCCUAAUACUGUGAGUGGUUGCGGCAAUGGCAAAAUCAAAUGAAAAUGGGGGUGAUUGCGUGAUUUGUAUUUUGUGCAUAUAUAUGCUCACGCCUUGCCCCUAAGGCCUAAUCCUAUUAUGUGUCUUCCUGGUGUCGUAAAUGGUAAUGAUUCUUUUUUA